UGGGCGGCCGGGUAAAUUGCGAUCGACGACGCAUGACGCCACCAGGGCUGCCCCGCUGCGGCGACCGGAGGCUGGCAACGCGUUGGUCGAUCCGCGCGUGCAGUGAGAGCGUCGCCGCCCUUGCCUAGAUGACGCGUCGUUCUGGUCGUGCUGUGGUCCGCAACGACCCGGGCGGAAGCGUCUUCUUCCCCAAACGGCAGGCGGUGUGGUUCUCUUUCCCACUGGCCCCGGCAGCACAUUGACACUGGACAGUGACCCAGAUGCCGGCGAAAACCAAUCGAUGACGACUCCCCACGGCCGGGCGGGGCUGCUUCGUUUUCCAGCUCGAGCCUUCGAUCGAGGGGGAGGCAUGCCACGUGUGUAUAUAGGUUGCGUCCGACAGUGUUUGCCGCCACGCAUACCCCCUGAAGUACUCACCGACACGGAUUCUUGCCGAAAUGGGAAUCUUCACAGAGGCGUACUACCUGCUCUUGAUAUUCUGGCGCAACUGCUUCCCCGCGGGCAACUUCAAGGCGGAGGAUGUGCCUGACCUCAGCGGGCGCGUUGCAGUCGUCACCGGAGGCAAUGUGGGUAUAGGAUGGGAGACGAUCAAGGUCCUCCUCCAGCGCAACGCGAAAGUGUAUAUGGCGUCGCGAAGCAGGCACAAGGCCGAGGCGGCGAUCGAGCGCCUCAAGACAGAGACGGGCAAGGAAGCCAUCUUCCUCGAGCUCGACCUCGGCAGCCUCGCAUCGGUCCGCAGGGCUGCAAGCGAGUUCCUGAGCAAGGAGUCGGAGCUGCAUAUCUUGUUCAACAAUGCGGGAGUGAUGGGCCCGCCCCUCGACCAGCUCACGUCCGACGGCCUCGACCUCCAGUUCGGCACCAACGUUAUCGGCCACCACCUCCUUACCAAGCUCCUUCUCCCCGCCCUCCUCGCAGGCGUACGCUCCUCGCCCGACCAGCACGCACGUGUGAUCACGACGUCCUCCUCCGGCGCGAUGAUUGGCGCGAUAGAUUUUGCGUCCGUGCGCGACGGCCCGGCACGGAGGAAGUACACGAAGGAGGCGCUGUACGCGCAGAGUAAGCUGGCGAAUGCGAUCCAGGCGCGCGAGCUGGCGAAGCGGUAUGGAGGGGAAGGGAUUGUGGCCAUCUCUGCCGACCCCGGGAGCAUCGAGACGGACCUCCAGCGGUACUACCGCGACGUUCCUGGCAUCGUGGGGGUGCUUACACACCUCUUCUUGAAGACGAUCCUCCGCCCCGCGCCCUUCGGCGCGCUCACGCAGCUCUGGGCGGGCACCAUGCCCGAGGCGAUCAAUCACAACGGCAAGUACGCGAUCCCGGCGGCGCGCAUCGCACCGUGCCGCGCGGAGGCAUAUGACGACGAGCUCGGGAAGCGGGUGUGGGAGUUCUUGGAGGAAGAAGUCAGGGAGGCGUAGCCUAGAAGCAACCCGAGGGAGCUCUAUCACGAUCCCUCCCAUUUUCUGGACCCUUACUUGUUCGUACUGUUGGUAUACAAGCUCUGUCUGUGGUGGGCAAA